CAUAACAAGUUAACCUAAAAAGUUCUUUUUCGAGUUUGCACCGCAGAAUAUUAUGUUUAUUUAAUGAUCGAAUAAAAUACUACGGCGAUAGAAAAAAUAGCGGAUCGUGUAUUGUAAAACAUUAAUGUGUUAAUUUAGAAUUAUUAAUUCUACAUAACUAUGUCGUCUCUCCUACGAUCAACAAAAUUAGUGCGAUAUUUCACUGGUGCCGCAAGGACUUUGAUAUUAAACUCGGCUAAGACAGCUGAUGCAAAUUUGUUGGUUAACCCAAAGGCUUUAAGUGCUUCUAACAAUGUCCUUAUGCGAGAUUAUACCACUAAGAAAACAGAAAGCCUUGACCCAUUACUACAGAAAUUGGACACUGAGGUCAGGAAAUUUGGGAGAAUAACGAAGAAAGAUAUUGAUGAAGUGUUCGAUGAGAUACGCUCUAAUCAUGACAUUACAAGCUCACAGUCCUUAUUGGUUAUAAGAUGUUGUGGGGAUCUUGUACCUGAAGAGUUACCUGAACAAAGGACCCUGCUUGUUCAGAAAAUAUGGAAUGUAUUGACUGAAAGAGGCAUACCAAUGGAUGUAUCCCAUUAUAAUGCUCUACUUAGAGUGUAUAUUGAAAAUGAACACCCCUUCUCUCCAGCAAAGUUCCUUGAAGAAAUGGAGAAAAAAGGAUUACAGCCCAAUAGAGUAACAUACCAAAGACUGAUGUGGCGUUAUUGCCAAGAAGGUGAUGUAGAUGGAGCCACUAAAGUACUGGAGAAAAUGAGGGAACUAAAUAUGCCAGUGUCUGAACCGGUUCUCAAUGCUCUAAUCAUGGGGCAUGCAUUCCAUGGUGAUACAGAUGGUGCAAAGGCAGUGUUAGAAACAAUGUCUGGAGCUGGGCUUAAACCAUCAAAUCGCACGUAUGCCUUGCUCGCUUGUGGUUAUGCAAAACAAGGCGACAUUGUUAAUGUAGAAAAUAUUAUUACAGCUGCAAAAGAACAAGACAAUCAUUUGACUGAUAAGGACUUAUUAGACAUAGUAGAACAACUGGCUCUUGGAGGACACGGAGAUAAAGUUGAACAGAUAUUUCCACACUUUCAUAAAUCUGUUGGCUACAAUCAGGAAGUGUGCAAUCUUAUACUCAAAUUACUUAAUAAAGGCUUUGAAGAUAUUGCCAGGAAAAUAAUGAGAACAAUGCCCAAAUCAUCAAAUCUAGAAGACACUAUGUUCAAAGGAGCUUUCUAUGUUAAACACCUGCUAAAAGUGAAGAAAUCUCCCGAUGAAAUUAUUAAAUCUUGCAGAGAGCUGCAAGACGAAAACCUUAUACCAUCCGCCUUAUAUAUUGCAACAGAAGCGGCAUUAAAUCAAGGAAGUAUUGAGUUAUCCCAAAAACUUUUUAAAGAAUUACAAAAAGAUGGCAUGGAAAUAAGGCAACACUACUAUUGGCCCCUCUUAGUACAAAAAGGCAAAGAAAAAGACGAGGAAGGUCUCUUACAAAUAGUUCGCAACAUGACUAGCGAAGGUUUAACGCCAACAGGGGAAACCCUAAGAGAUUAUGUUAUUCCAUAUAUGAUUGAGACAGAUACACCUCAAAAUAUAAUAACAAAAUUGCAAUUGGCAAAUAUACCCACUUUCCACAGUGCGAGGAAUGUAAUGGUUGAGCUUUUAGAUGGAGGUGAAAUACAAAAGGCUGCAAAUAUUGCAUUCAAUUAUCGGCCAAGAGGCCAGUAUGCGUUAAUAAGACGCCCACUUAUAAACGCUUUGAACAAAACUAAAGAUGUAAACUCAUUUGUUAAUAUUCUACACGUAAUAAGCAGCGGCUCCACAAUACCACAAGAUGAUGUUACAAAUGAGGACGGACAAACUGACGACAAUGUUAAUACUAAUGAAAUAGGUCGCACUUUAAGAAGUGGUAUCAAAGUUGUGGCCAGAGAUAAUCUGGCAGAAGAGUUGUUAACUAAAGCAUUGUCAAAAGGUCUACGAAUAAGCACUUUGGCUGCUGAAGACAUACAGCAAUACCUUGGUAACAAUAUGACAACUCGUAUAUCUGAACUUCUUACACAACUAACAUCGCCAGACUUAGAAAUUGCACCCCUGGGAAAUUCGCGACGUGUUCCAAUUCCAAAAGCAGCAGCACAAUUAGAAAAAAUGUUAGAACAAGCCCAAGAUAACGACAGCAAUAAUUUGAAUAGGUUACGCAAACAGACAAUUCGAGCUUAUAUGAAAGAAAAUAGUGUUGACAAAGUGAACAGUUUCGUUGAAGACUUGAAAUCUCAUCCUGACUUUGAACUAUCUUCAACGACACUUGCACAAUUAUAUGAAUUCUAUUGCAACAAUGAUUUAAUUGAUAAAGCAUUGGAAAUUAAAGCUCAAUUAAAUGCCAAAGAUCCAGAGUUUGUUUUGAACAAGUUUAAAGCAGUUGUAAUGGCAUACGCAUUGGUACGCGCUAAUAGAUUCGAUGAAGCUGUCCAAUUUCUUAAGGACAACAAAACGGAAAUUGAGGUUGAAAACAUAAAUUUCCUGAUUAACUCUAAAACAUGGCAGAUGUUGAACAGUUUGGCUGAAACAAAGGAUGAGAAUAAAGUAAAAGAAAUGACUGCAACACUUUUAGAUAACGGCUACAUCGAACCUUCUAAUGUGAUUCUGGGGCCGCUUAUAAAGGUUCACUUACUGAAGGACGAUAUAGACAGUGCCCUGCAGGAGUUUGAACGUUGCUGCCAACAAUAUCGGAGUACUCCUUGGAAGGGAGAGUUGAUGAAGGCUCUUAUAUUGAAAGAGGACGCAACUAAAUUACAGUGGCUGGCUGAUUUGAGUACACAGAUCCACGGUGAAGUAAACAUACUUCACGACCUCGUACUGGCUUUCGUAGAAUGCGGACGGUUGCGUCAAGCGCGUCGGAUACUGGAGACUCCGGGGCUGCAAACAAGGCACAAGCGCUUAACUGACGCCUGCGAGCGAUAUGUUGAGGAGGGCAAACCAGAAUACCUUGAAGGUCUACUUGAAGCGACAAAAGAGCUCUCGCAUAUCGACCGCUCAAAAAUCUUCUACCAUUUACUCGUAUCGUAUUGCAAAGCCGACGAAACAGACAAAGCCUUGGGUCUCUGGACACUUUUACAAGAAGAGAGCGAAGUGCCGAGCGAUCAGUUCUUGAUGAAUCUCGGCAACCACCUGAAAUCAAAGAACAGACCUAUCCCAUUCGUAUUACCGGAAGCAGAAGUUGUACAAAAACCAGUGAAUCCUACACCGACUGCCGCAAUCCCCAAACGGAACACCGACCCAUCGAAAACUUCGAAAAGAGACGUCACAGCCCGAAUAGAGAAACUGACCCAAGAUGGAAAACUUGUGCAGGCUAUGGAUUAUGCAUUGAAGUCAAUCAAAGAAGGCGUAUUCCCUAAAGAUAAUGUACUUAAAUUUCUAUUAAAAAGUUUAGCUGAACAGGGCAAUGUGGAAAAGAUUCAAGCCUUGGGUGAUCACCUGGAUUUGGUUAAGCGUCGUAACGUAACCUAUAACGAUAAGUUGACACUUGCUAUAUUCAUGAGGGGGAACGGCGCCGAACAUGUUGAGAAUGUGCUGAGACAGGUGAAGUCGGCUCAAUCGGAUGAGGAGAUUGCAGCUGCGUUAAGGGAUUUUCCACGGAGCAAUGCUUUAGCUAGGGCAGUACAAGAUGAAGAUUUGGCUAAGAAAUGUUAUGAAGUUGCAGAAUUAGCAUCGACAAAAGGACAUGUUUUACCCGCAAACUUGCUAUGGUUGGAAUACUUAUUAGCUGGAAAAGACAACGAAGCCGACUCUAUAUGGAAGGCAUGUUUGCAAAACGCCAAUGUGAUUGUAUUUAGGAGGCUGCUUCAAGAAAGUCACACGAGAAGGCAGCCUCAGAUGAUAGAAAAAAUAAUAGAAGUUUUGAAAACGAAUAAAACAAUUUCCCCCGCGUCAAUCGGAAACGCUUACUCUAGAUUGAUCAAUUUGUAUCUGGUUGAUAAUAAAAUAGAUGAGGCAAAGGAGGUAUUAGAUCGCGCAGUCGAGAGUGGUAUUACAAAUGAAAAUCUUAACGUAACAGCUUUAAAGAGAUUGAAAGAAAGCUGGGAAGCGACUGGAAAGAAGUUUGAGUAUAGCGUAUAAAUUACUAUUCUGUAUUGUUGCAUUUUGCAUAUACUAGUAAUUAAGUUCGUUUCAUGAAUGUAACAAUCCUCUAGGGUGCAGUGGAAGCGGCGACUUAUGGCCGUUCUCACUAAACGUGAGAAACGCGAAGUGUGAGAUUUUCUAAAUACGUUUACUUAUUCAAUCGCGUGGAAGAUAACUAAGAUUCAUAUAGAAUCGAAAAGCGCCAUCUAGUGAGAGUACGGUUUUUCAGUAUUGUAACUAGAUGGCGCUCCUAAGAUACGAUAUAAGACGUGGGUAACUUUGACGCAAUCGAAUACGUAAAAGUAGGUAGAAAAUCUCACACUUAGCACUCUGUCCACCUUCCGUAAGGCGUACCGACUUUAAUAUUUUAAAUAGUAACAUACUAAACAGUAGUAAAACUGUUUAUUCCAAAGAAGUUGAGAUAUUAUAAAAAAAAAUUGUUUUUUUAAAACAACAACGGCGUUAAAAAAAAUUACCGACAGACAGACUAUCUUUGCCUGGUGCGAAGGAUACAAAUGGAAAAAUAUCAUAAAGUAUACAUUUAUUAAUAAAACUUGACGCGCAAACUGUAUGGCAUGCCGAACAGAUCACUAUUAAAGUUCAUUAAAAUUUAUUGUGAAUACAGAACUUUGUACCUAUAUAAUGAUAUUAAAGAAAAUAUUUUAUGAACGUGUAAUUAUUCGCUAACUAGGCGAAUUCAAUAAUUUAAUGAUAAUCAUGAAACAGAUGCUUGUGAUUGGAUCCGUAAGAUUGUAUGAGUAUUUAGUGACUAGCCUUAAAUAAAUUAUUAGUUGAUUAAA